UAUUUUAAUAAUAAUAAAAAUUUAAAUAAUGUAGGGGUUUUCGUAUGUGUGCAGUUACGACACAUUUACGUGGGCAGAAAUAAUUUGCAAAAGUCGUUACAAACGCUAAUCUGACAUUUUCUGUUAUGUACGUGUUCUAAUCUUUUUUAACUUGCUUUAUUUUUCUAAUUUUCGUGCAGGAAUUUAUUCUUUUGUUGAUUUCACUAAAAAGUUAAAGCAGUUCCAAUGCCAUCUUUAAACGUUUGCAAUUGGUGGAAAACACCAACAAUUCAGUAACAUCUGUCUCCCAUUAACUUUACGAAAUUCUGUUUUCGUAGAAUGACCGUGAAAAAAGUACAAGACCGGAAAUUCACCGAAGACGUACGUUUUCCGGACAUUAAACUCGAAUGUUUUCACAAAUAAUUGGCAAAGAUUUGUUUACUUGACCCGAGCUAGUACAAAAGUUGAGCAAUUUCAGGAGUAAAUAAUUGUUUACAUUUGUUAUUAGCAUCGCGAAAUUUGCUUGUUGAUGUUCUCAACUUCUAAUUAGUUGCGUGCUCCGUUUUCGUACAAUGAGAACAAAAUUUAGGGUGAGUGGGUAUUUAGAUAAAUUAUUUAAUUACCGUAUUUCCAACCAACAAUAUGCAAAUUUUCAAAGAUUCAGAUUUAUUAUUCCGUCGAGAUGGAAUGAAAUUUUGAAUUUUAAAGCAAUUGUUAGGAAUUAAAUUUCGUCAAAAUGCUCGCGAUGGAUAACGAUUACGACCAUUACGAAUGGCUCAUUCCGAAUGAAAUAAUAAUGUCUCAAGAUGGUGGAGUAACGACACACUCACAUCGGCCCUCCAGACACCGUUCACCCACGACCAGCACCAACAGAACGGACAUGGAAGACGGAAGUCACGUCUAUUUGGACGAUUCAGGGCCAGCAGAAGCCGAUAAUUCCGAUAUUUGUUACACCUCGUUUUUUUCCAACGGUAGCAGUGAACACGUCAAACAGGACGAUGAGACCGACAACAUCGAUCCCAAAAUUAGUGCAACACUUGAACAGUUAUCGAAUAAAAUAAUUAGAGUGAGAGACCUUAUAAAGACGGAACAGAAAAUGAGAGACGACAACGUAAACGAAUACCUUAAACUGGCAGCUAACGCCGAUAAACAGCAAGUCCAAAGGAUCAAAGCCGUUUUCGAGAAAAAGAACCAAAAAAGUGCACAGGUCAUAUCGCAAUUACAAAAAAAAUUGGACACGUAUCAGAAACGCGUUCAUGAAUUAGAAACACACGGAUUAGUUCAAAGUCAUAGACCUACGAGAGAAGUUUUACGUGAUAUGGGACAAGGUUUGAAGAAUGUGGGAGGAAAUAUUCGAGAUGGCAUUACAGGGUUCAGCGGAUCGGUCAUGUCGAAGCCUAGAGAGUUUGCUCAUUUAAUUAAAAAUAAAUUUGGAAGUGCGGAUAACAUUAGCCAGCUCUCAAGUGGUGGUUUGGUCCCAUUUUCUUUCCGUAACUUAUAUCUUAGUCCAAGGCCCGGAGCGACCGGAUCCGAAGGUAGCGGAGCCAAUGGUGGUACCGGAAGUGAUCAAGGGGAGAAGGUGCACCAUGGAUCAGCGACUUUGCCUGCGACGUUGCAUACGGCCACAUCGCAGACGUCAAUGGGGCAACCCCAUAGGGCGAAAUUUCCUAGUGAUGAGGGCAGCGAGUGUAGUAGUGUUACCAGUGACAGUAUCGGAAGAUUCGGGAGAGGUCAAGAGAGCGCAUCAAAUCAAGAUUCAUUUAAAGUUAUGUACAAACAACUGACAGCAAAACAGGAAGAAAUAGAAGCUUUGAAAGAAAAGAUCGAACAUAUGAAGUCGCUACCGCAGGAAAUACAGUAUCUGCAUGCCGCACUGCAGGAGGAGAGAUUUCGAACGGAACGAUUAGAGGAACAAAUUAACGACUUAACCGAAUUGCAUCAAAACGAAGUCGAAAAUUUGAAACAAGCCAUGGCCGAUAUGGAAGAGAAAGUGCAAUAUCAAAGCGAGGAACGUCUCAGGGAUAUCCACGAAAUUCUAGAUAACUGUCAGACUAAAAUACAAAAAAUGGAGCAUCAAGCGCUCCAGCAACAGCAGUACGUCACACUCGAAGGCUUGGAUAAUUCUAACGCGAGAGCUCUAGUUGUCAAAUUAAUAAAUAUACUGCUCACUGUUCUCCAGGUUGUUUUACUCUUAGUGGCCACAGGUGCCGGUAUUAUAAUGCCGUUUCUUCGUACAAGGGUGAGAAUUCUUACAACGGUGUUCAUAGUGUUAGCAACAGUUUUUAUCUUAAGACAAUGGCCAGAAGUACAAGACAUUGGUUCUCACGUAAUGAAGCGUCUGAAAGAUAUGUUAGAUCCCGUCAAAUAGCAUUUACCUUACUCAUUUAGCGAAUAAACUCUCUAGUUUGCAAAUAUGGCAUUUGAUGAACGUCUAUAUUAGACAUUAUGUGAUUGUCUUGGCAGACUUAACUACAAACACGAAGAAAAUUUGUGAUACUUGUUUCUAAAAGAAAAAAAGAAUGUUCGUGUUUUAGUUAGGUGCACUUCUGACGAUACUUGGAGAUUAGUUGCUUGUUCACAAAUCAAAAUAUUUUGCAAACAAUGCUUGACUGAAUGGUCAGUGGAUUGUGAUUUUAGUUCAAUUCUGUAGGGUUUAAGUAUUCACUAUUAUUUUAAAGUAGCAUUUUGAGUUGUUGUUGACGAAUUACGUAUUUUAAACCGGUUUUUUUUGGUACUGUAAAAAUGUUAGCGUAUUUACAAAUAUUCGUCCAAUUUUAGACUAGGAACUUUUACAUAUUUUUGUUUCAUGUCAGCUCCUGUAUUAUUUAUUCAUUUGAGACGGCUUCACUAUAUUUAUAAAUUAUUUAAUAGGUUCUCUUUAUAUUUUUGUCAUUUUAAAAUAAAGGUUUAUUUUUUCUGUUUUAGUUGUUUUUGUUCCGGGCUUUUUUCGUUAUAAUAUACUGAAAAUAGUGACACUACUUUCACAGUACUUUUUAAUAAUAUCUACUUACAAUGUCUAUUUGACGGAAUUGACGACAUUUUUCCUCAAAAUAAAUAAUCAAACUGUCCACAUGAACAUGAGACUGGUGGCUGAACAUAUGUCAUAGAUAAACAAACCAAGCAAGGUUUCGCUAAGGUUGUAACGCUAUCGACAAAGUGAUAAAUUUUAAAAGUCAAUAGUUUGCGUAAUUGUGAUGUGCUUUAUCAUUUGUAAGAGUAGACGCAUUUUACUAGAAUCUCCAUCCACCUACAUCACACUUUUACGGAAAUGUCUUUCUAUUUAGCCUCCAUGACGUUAUUGCAAAUAUUUAGUUGUAUCGGAUUUGAUUGUGGGGCCAAAUUUUUAAAUUAUCAAUUUUAUUAAAGGGCGCUUUCAUUAUCCACCAACGAAACUAUCACUAUUCUAAGAUUGACAUCAUUUUUGAAUAAAUAGUAUCAUGCUUUUUCGGACUAAAAACGAAAGUGCCCUUGUUGUCUAAUGCUCAAGACCGUAUUGGUUUAGUAAUUUUCGAUUUUUGUAAGUCAGAUUGUAAACCAUGCAUUCAAUCAAACCAUCCAAUUAUGUACUCCAUGACUUAACGAUAUUAGAAUUUUUAUAAGCCUUUUAAAAUGCAACUAUUGCUGAUAUUUCAUUCGUAGGACUUUUUAAAGUAUUGUUAUUCCAGUGAUAAAUUAGUUUUUUAAUCGUUGUCAUUUAUUUUAGGUGUUUCUAAUUUUAUAGAUUUUUUUGUACAAAUAAUAUUUUUCUAAGUACCUGAUGCCAGCUAUCAGCUA